AUGAGCCCCUCACGAACGAUGGCACUGUACCUGACGACGACGAUGCUGAUUUGCGUGGUCUGGCAUCGGCCGGCGGCGACCGCGGUCAGGAAUCGUCCGUACCACAUCGGUCUGUUCAGCAACGGUGGCUGGUACAGCCACGACGCGCUGACCAGUGACCUGGCCAAACAGCUGGCCAACAGUGGUUACAAGGUGACCGUGAUCGACAUGCGCCUGUUCAACAUUAACAGCACCAUCUAUCACAACGGCAACUUCUCGGUGCUGCAGUACCAGCACGAGUCGACCGAGUCGUCCCGGUGGCUACGACGUCUGCAGAACCGCAUGUGGCUGGACACCAUCCCGAUCUCGGCAGGCAAGUUGUCCAAGCUGAAGAACCUGCGCUUUUUCAUGAGCUUCUACGACGUGCACUUCCAAGCGUGCCACGGUGCCCUGAACGACCACAGGUUCAUGCGCAGCCUGAUGCGACUGAAGCUCGACCUGCUGGUCGUCGACUGUAUCCUCAACGAGUGCGGUCUGGCCAUGUCGGCGCUGCUGGCCGUGCCUCGCGUCUACAUGUCCAACUACCCGAUCGUCGAACAGUACGCCGACUACGCGGGCGUGCUGGCCAACCCGGCGUACGUGCCGUCGAUCUUCUCAAAGGAGGUGGGCCAGCUGAGGUUCGUCGCUCGCACGGUCAACUUCAUUUAUCGCGCCCUGUCCGCGUUCGUCAGGAACCGUCUGCUGACCCGUGUUCACAACGUGUUCGCCUCACAUGGCUACAACCUGCCGAACCUGCACCGCGAGGAACGAUCGAACGUUUUCUACGGCACGCCCUUCGAACGACUGCUGGAUACGCCGCGACCGACGUCGAACAACUUCAAGUAUUUCGGCUGUUCGGACUGCUUGGAAGAAACCGACCACAAACCGCCGGAGGUAAUUAAUUUUAUUUUUAAAAAAAAAUUUCUUGCAAAUUACCAAACAGCUCCGUUUUUGGUCGGUCCGAUUCCGACGUCCGCCAUCCCAUCGAACACCUCCUAG